CCCUAACCUCGACCCCACGAAGCCGACUUUUCCUUCGGCCCUCGAGCUUCGUAUAUUACAUCCGUACACCCCCCCUCUUGGAAGUCCCCGGGAUUUCCCUCAUACGUCAUAAGCGCGCCGUUUGUUUGGCCGUGCACCUCGUUCCGCGCCGACGCCGACGCCGACUCCCCUGUAUGCAUACCGCUGCCGCUCCCGCCUCCGCCGCCGCUUCCGUGACGGAAACACUAUCAAUGGCCGCUGUUGGGGAUGAGGGUAUCUGAUGUUGUCUCAGAGCUCGAAGUGAAUAUGGAGGAGCCGCAGAACCAGCGCGACCGGCGUGUCGAGGACCUCUGGAAGAAGCUCGACACUGCAGGGCACGGGGAGCUUGACUUCAAGGGCCUUCAGAAGGGACUGAGGCGAAUCGACCACCCCCUCAAGAAUGCCGACCAGAUGCUCAAGGCCAUCAUUGGCCUUGUCGACACAAGCGGCGACGGGAAGAUUCAGUAUGAAGAAUUCCGGGUUUUCGUCGAGGCUGCCGAGCGCCAGCUACUCAUGCUGUUUCGGUCUAUCGAUCGCGAUAAGGACGGCCGGUUGAACAAACGUGAACUACAGUCAGCCUUUCAGCGCGCCGGCUUGUCGGUACCAAACAGGAGACUGUCGGGUUUCUUCGACGAGAUCGACUUGAAUCGUGACGGGUUCAUUACUUUUGACGAGUGGCGCGACUUUCUGCUAUUCAUGCCCAGCAACCACGACGGUUCACCACUGGAGGCUGCGUUGUCAUUUUAUUCCUCAAUUGUCACGGUGAAUCCAGAGGGUGAUUCACUCGUUAGCGAUGAAACAUUGGAGGGUUUAGGUACGGUCGGCUUCCUUCUUCAAGCUCUUUUUGGUUCGCUCCUCAGAAUUGCCAACCCGGACCUGGUUCUCUCUCCGCGGCGCCCCGCGGAUGCAGGCAGCAUCUCCAAUUCGCAAUCGCCCGAGUUCCCUUACACCGAUCAAAUAUCGAGCAUACCGGCAGAGAUGGCGGCCUCUGCUGCAACCGUCCGCUACGGCCCUGCCGUCGCCGCCACCCCGCACGUCUUGACCGACGCGGCAGUCAAGCGACCCGUACUGCAGUACGAGGGUGUGCAGCAGUCUGGCGCCCCGGAAAUUGAAGACGUUAUAGAGGAGGAUACGGCGGAAGUUACAUCCAGGCUGACAGAUCUGCUGCCUGAACCAGGAUAUUUCCUCGCCGGUGCUAUUUCGGGUGGUGUCUCGCGAACUGCUACGGCGCCACUGGACCGUCUGAAGGUCUACCUCCUUGUCAACACGAAUACGCAAGCCAACAUGGCCGUGGCUGCUGCGAAGCAAGGCCACCCGCUAGCGGCUCUGCGCAGCGCCAGUGGGCCCAUCUUCGACGCCGUGGCGAGCCUAUGGAAGGCUGGUGGGAUGCGUACCUUCUUUGCGGGGAACGGUCUCAACGUCGUCAAGAUCAUGCCAGAGUCUGCUAUUCGGUUCGGCUCUUACGAAGCGUCAAAACGGUUCCUUGCAGCAUACGAGGGUCACAACGACCCAACCCAGAUCAGCACCGUCUCGAAAUUCGUUGCCGGUGGCAUCGGCGGCAUGACGGCUCAGUUCUGUGUGUACCCGAUCGACACGCUCAAGUUCCGACUUCAGUGUGAAACCGUCCAGGGCGGGCCACAGGGCAACGCCCUUCUCCUCCGUACCGCAAAAAACAUGUGGGCAGAAGGCGGUUUUCGCUCAGCAUACCGCGGCCUUGGCGCCGGUUUAGUCGGCAUGUUCCCCUACAGCGCCAUCGACAUCGGCACCUUUGAGAUGCUCAAGAAGUCAUAUACUCGGGCCAUGGCACGAUAUUACGGCAUCCAUGAAGACGACGCGCAGAUAGGGAAUAUUGCCACCGCGAUUCUGGGCGCGUCGUCAGGGGCGCUGGGUGCGACCAUUGUCUACCCGCUCAACGUCCUCCGAACACGCCUACAGACCCAGGGCACCGCCAUGCACCCGCCCACAUACACGGGUAUUGUUGACGUGGCAACCAAGACCCUCCGCAACGAAGGAGUGCGCGGUCUAUACAAGGGCUUGACGCCCAAUCUCCUCAAAGUGGCACCGGCAUUGAGCAUUACCUGGGUGUGCUACGAGAACAUGAAGUCUCUUCUGGACCUCAACUAAGGAACCGAAGACACAAAAAACAUUGGUUAUUUGAGGUAAGGGUCGCCGCUAGACGGCGCCCUGGUGGCGAGUUUCUCGCAGCAUUGGGAAUGGGCUGUGGAAGAGAGGACAGCAUCUUCUUCGGCGUUUUGGCAUUUGGGUGGUGCUUGGCCCGUU